CCCCGUCGCGCCCCAGGUGGUGGGAGGGGAGAGGGCGAGUCCGCGUUAACCCCUUCCGCGCCGGGGGCUGCUGCGCCUCGCCCGGCGGCGUGAAGGCGCGUAGGGAGUCCGGCGCCGCCACUCUAGCCCCUGCUGCUGCUGCUGCUGCUGCAGUCCCCAUGGAGGGCACCUCCCCGGCCCCGGCAGCCCCCUUUGUCGGCGGGAAGCCCGCGAUACUGCUGCUCCUGCUGCUGCUGCUGCUCGGCGGCGCCCGGCCGCUGCAGGCUGGGGAGGGGGAUUCGGCGGAAACCGGCUCUGGCCAGCAGCAGCAGCACGCAGUAGAGGUGAACUUGCUAGACAAGCUGGCCUCCUACAGCCAGGACUUGGGCAACUUCUCUCUCGGCUACGACGAAGCCAACUGCAGCAUCCUGGAAGUCGGGCAGUACGCCACGCUCAGCAUCCCAGCUGUGGAAGCCUUUGGGGAGAACUUUGCAGAUGAGCUGAGUCUGUUGUUGAUGCUGAGGUAUACUCUGAGGGAGGAAACCAGCCUCUUAACCAUUAUUGGCCUUCGAAGCGACAUCUUGUUCCAGAUCCGGAUCAGUCCUUAUGCCUUGGUUUUUGUUGCCAGUAGGAGGCGCCAUUACGAAUUUCCCGUCUCCUCAUUGGCCGAUGGAAACUGGCAUCGGGUUGCCCUCACCAUCUCCUCGGAGAGAUUGGUCCUGUACGUGGACUGCCGGCUGGUGGAAAGCGUGGGGUGGUCCAGAUAUGUUGGCAUGGGAGUGGCCACCGAUGGGCUCCUGGUUAUCGGAGGCCUUGUUGAACCCUUGGAGAUCCCCUUUGAGGGUACGCUGAGGCAGCUGACCUUCUUAAUGGGAGACGCCGGAGCUGCCAGCGAACACUGUCGAACCCAUAACACCACCUGUAGCAAACCUUUGAGUAUGGAAGCUCACCACGGCCAGCCUCACUCCUGGGAGAAGUUACCCCAAGCCUGGACUCAGGUGCCAAACGAAAUCAACGAAGUUCCUGAAUCCUACACUGGGGGGUCAAAGUCUGCCGUUUCGGACGUGGCUUUGAAGUCUCCCGUGGAGUGGGUGGAUCCCCAGAUCCUCGAUGCCAUUUCCAAUGGAAACUUUCCAGCUUCAGAUGUGGUUGCCAGGAGACUGGAGGAAGAGGAGGAGGAGGAGAUCCUCCCUCUUAAGGAAGAAGGCUUUGAACUUAUGAACCCAACUCAUGAUAAAACCACCGGACUCCGAAGUCUUGGCAUGGAGAGCCCAGAAAACGCCGGCAAUUCCUUUGCCGCUGCCGACUCAUGGUCCUCUCCUGGGCUCACUGGUCUCCAUGUGGCUGAUAACGACGUUGUCCGUUCGGCGACAUCUUCCAAAGCGAGCCGGCCGGGCGACAAGAAGGCAGAGGGCUUGAGGCCCCAGGGUGAAAACUUCACAAAGGAGAAGCUCGAGGGGGGUGUCGGGUCCCGUGAUGCCAUCAUGGAUCUUGACAGCCCUCCCGCCUUCUUGAAAACCCCUGCGGAGGAGACCAAACUGCCAAGACACGUGUCGAGACUCUCCUCUCCUAAAUCCCACGUGAAAGUGGAUGCUGUGGGAAGCAGAGACCUUGUUAGAUCCCCUUCUGGGAGAUCUGCAGCCCCGAAAGAUGCCCUGAAAUCUUCCCAAAUGGCAGUACUGAAGGCUUACCCUGGAAACAGCCAGGGAGAUGUCCAUAGAGAAAGGACUUGGACCCGUCCACAGGCGGUUCCAGACUUCUUGCCACUGACGGAAGGGCAAAGGAUCCACCUUAAACCAGGGCCUCGUGGGCGACCAGGCCGGCCAGGGCUGCCUGGAUGUCCAGGGAGACGAGGACCGAUGGGGCUGAAAGGAGACAAGGGAUACCCUGGUGCCAUUGGACGAACGGGCGCUACAGGUGACCCAGGACCUCCAGGGGUCCCCGGGGUCCCUGCUGUCAUCCUCUGGAGGAACUCCAAAGAAGACUGGCAAUCGUUUAUGCACUCUUCGUUGUAUCAGCUUCUGCGCGCCGGCUGGCCGAGCCAGCCAGGACCUCCUGGACUAGCAGGUCACCCGGGGAAGCCAGGAUUGCUGGGCCCUCCCGGACUUCCAGGAGAACCAGGGGGGAAAGGAUGGAACGGGUACCAGGGUAAACCCGGGCCACCAGGUUUCCGAGGACAUGCAGGUUUCCCGGGUUCUGACGGACUUCCAGGUACAGAUCAGAAGCCUGGACCACCUGGGAUUCCAGGGGAACAGGGUCUGCAAGGAUUUAAGGGGGACCAUGGCCCUGUUGGAGAGAAAGGAGACCAGGGCUUUUUGGGAGACCCCGGACCUCCCGGUGAAAAAGGAAGUAAAGGAGCAAAGGGGGGCAAAGGUGAAAGCGGACCUCCCGGGCCUGUUGGACUCCAGGGUGCAAUGGGCACCAAAGGCCCCCCUGGUUUUCAGGGUCUCCUUGGACCAACGGGAGAAGCCGGCACCAAGGGCCACUCAGGACGUGCUGGACCGGUGGGCAACGCUGGGCAACCAGGCCCGGUUGGUUUGCAAGGAGUCAAUGGUUCCCAGGGAGAAAUGGGCCCUCUGGGAUUUCCUGGUCUCCCAGGCCCUCGGGGUCCAGAAGGCUUGCCAGGGAGACGCGGAUCCACAGGCCUCAUGGGGCCACAGGGUCCCCUUGGGAAGGAAGGACACCCUGGACCCAAAGGAAGUCCAGGAGAAAUUGGCCCUCUUGGUCUACCAGGACCACGUGGACAAGAAGGCACUGGGGGACCACCCGGGAUGCCAGGCCCACAAGGAUUUCCUGGGGAACAAGGGGCCAAAGGUCCAGUGGGUGCGAAAGGAAAUGCAGGACCCAAAGGAGAGCAGGGCGACCCUGGCUUCCAAGGGACCCAAGGACCUCCGGGCGUUCGAGGCGCUCCAGGAUUUCAAGGCUUCCCUGGGCCCAAGGGGCCCGCAGGAUUUCAAGGACCCGAAGGGGAGGAAGGGCAAAUAGGCCCCCCUGGUCAAAAUGGCACAGAAGGACCCAAGGGCAAUCGGGGUCUGGAUGGCCCGAAAGGAAGGCCAGGUCCACGACAAAGCAGGGGCCGGAUGGGCCAGCAUGGGCUUGCAGGAAUGCCCGGACCACCAGGCUCACGAGGCACCCCAGGAGCCGGCGGCCCAGAAGGAAAGCCUGGUACACAGGGUCCCACUGGUGUUUCGGGGAGUGCUGGCAGCAAGGGGCUGGCGGGGUUUGUGGGGUUUCCAGGCGACCGAGGACACGACGGGCCUCCUGGAUCCGCAGGCCUCCCUGGGAAACCAGGAACCAGCGCCCCUCCGGGUUCACCGGGGCCAACGGGGCUGCCUGGCAAAAUGGGCCCGGAAGGACUACAAGGACCGGUUGGUAUCUAUGGCUAUCCAGGCUCGGUUGGUGACAGAGGAAGACCAGGUCUGGUGGGUAAAAAGGGGCAGCCUGGAAUCAGGGGACCCCCUGGAUUUCCCGGGAAAUCCGGCUCCAAGGGUCCUCUUGGGCCGCCCGGAGUAAGAGGCCCCCCCGGCCCACUGGGUAAAAUGGGAGAUGUGGGGCAUAGAGGACUCCCUGGCCCCUCGGGACUUCCUGGUCCACCUGGACAAAAUGGCCUCCCUGGGAAGCCAGGCCCAGCAGGAGAAGUGGGGCCUCUGGGCCCAGUGGGAAUUCCUGGCCCGCUGGGCUGCCUGGGUCAAGGAGGCUCCACUGGUCCAGAGGGGCGGGCUGGCAAGAAAGGAGAGAAGGGGGACGCUGGAGCAGCUGGUGGAGCUGGCAUUGGGGGGCUGGCUGGAGAACAGGGUUCUCCAGGGCUGCCCGGAGGGGAAGGUCAGCCUGGGUCAAAAGGGCAACAGGGGGGGAGAGGAACUCCAGGGUUCCCAGGUCCCAAAGGAGAGCUCGGAGAGAGAGGAGAGAAGGGGCUGGCGGGCGACCUUGGGAGACCUGGAGAGCCGGGGACAGAGGGUGAUGACGGAGACCCUGGGGUUCCUGGCGAGCCGGGGCCAAAGGGAGAGAAGGGGGACACUGGUGCCGGAGGGUCUUCUGGACCGCCAGGGCCCGGAGGAAUGGUGGGGAAAGUGGGCAGAAAGGGCCUCAGAGGAGAAAAGGGGGCAGAAGGCUUCAUGGGCCAGGCGGGCGUGACUGGCGUGGCGGGGCCUGAAGGAGCCAGAGCGGCAAGGGGGGAAUCGGGAGUCCGGGGGCUUCCGGGAUCAGACGGCCCUGAAGGGCUGAAGGGAAACCAAGGCCCUGAUGGCUUACGAGGUCCCAGUGGUGUGGCUGGAGCGACGGGAUUCCCAGGAGAAGAUGGGGAGAAGGGAGACCAGGGCAAGAGAGGUCCUUUGGGUGCCCCAGGCCCUGAGGGUGUGAAGGGGAGCCAAGGACCUAGGGGUCCCAAUGGCCUCCAGGGACCCCAGGGGAAUACAGGCCCGAAAGGAGAGGUUGGCGCUCAGGGGUAUUAUGGAUUGCCAGGCGAAACAGGAGCACCGGGUCCAACCGGCACUGACGGGCCCCCAGGCCAGAAAGGAGAUUCAGGAUUGCCAGGGGAACCGGGGCAAAAGGGCCCUCAGGGAUUACCAGGUCUGGAUGGUCAGAAAGGAUGCAGAGGAGAAAAGGGGCAGCACGGGCGUGGCGGGUCUCCCGGUUUCCCUGGCAAUCCUGGCAGAAGGGGCAAGCGCGGCAAAGCUGGAUCCAGGCCUCCAAGGGGUUCCAAGGGUCCGAAGGGGCUGCGUGGUGAACGAGGCCUCAAGGGACCAGGAGGACCCCCAGGUGUUUAUGGGGAUUCUGGACUGAGAGGGGUAAAAGGAGUCAAGGGUCCCAAAGGACGAAAGGGUGACAAAGGAAGCAUGGGGGACCUUGGUCCACAGGGAGAUAACGGCUUUAAGGGCAAGCAGGGUCCGGUGGGUGUUCCAGGGAGGACAGGACCAAAAGGGGAACAGGGUGUGAUUGGCCUUCCUGGUACACGUGGUUAUGCUGGAUUCCCUGGCGUUUCGGGCUCACUUGGAGAAAAAGGUCUCAAAGGCUUUCAAGGCCUGCCAGGACCCAAAGGAGCACCAGGCCUGCCUGGCGCACCUGGCGUUCCUGGUCCCCGGGGUGCUCCGUUGAAUCUCUCCAGGGAAGAACUGCAGCAACUGAUUUAUUCCGCCAGUGAGCUGCACUACGACAGGGUGUGGGCUCUCAUGGGCAGCCUGGGACAGGAACUCAAACUCCUGGUGGACUUCCCAAACGGCACCAAAGACCACCCGGCUGCCUCUUGCAAAGAACUGCUGUUGGCUUACCCCCAGCUGCCUGACGGGUAUUAUUACAUAGACCCCAACCAAGGCAGCCCCCAAGAUGCAUUGCUGGCGUUCUGCAACUUCACGGCCGGGGGAGACACCUGCAUCUCUCCUGAGCACAACCAGGUCCCCAUCAAGGCCUGGCUGAGAGCGUAUGACUCCGAAGACACAUUCCAGUGGUUCAGUUCCUUGCCCGGUGGUUUCACGCUGGAGUAUCAGGGUCUGAGCGUGGUACAGCUCCGCUUCUUGAAGAUCCACAGCAACUGGGCCAUGCAGAAGGUCUCCUACUCUUGCAGGCCUCAUCCAGACAGAGGCAGCCUCCAGCGAGAGAAAGAGGUCAUGUUCCUCGCCGACUCCAGGGAGAAGAGCUACUUCACCGUCCUCCAGGGAUGCAUGCUGGACAACGACUCCUCCAUCACAGACACCAUUUUCCAUUUCUCCACGGAGGAUCUCUCCCUCCUGCCCUUGCGUGACCUGGCUGUGUUUCACAACGGCGACACUUCCCAUCACUUUGGGUUCACAGUCGGACCUGUUUGCUUCAGCUAGGAGUUCUUCUGAGCAAACAAAUCUCUCUUCUUGAGGAAACAAAGCAUUGGAAAAUAGGAGAGCGACUGAAACACUCCUCCUCUCUAACUCCAGCUGGCUUUUUGAAGCCGCGGUUCCUAUUUAUGAGUUUCUUUUGUCUAUAGCUCUGCUACACCCUGGACUACACUUCCUUCUGAAGGAUGAAGAAAACAUGUUUACCAUUGACCAGUAUAUCAGUUUAAAUCCAUUUCUCCAUGAAAAUAUAUGUAUAAAAGAGGUGUUAAUUUAAGUAACAGAGACAUCCUGGAGUUGCAUUUGUGAGGAUCUGAGGUCAUUGCCUCUCUUUGGGGGACAGAGGUGUGAUUAACAACUACCCGGCAGGCAGGAAUCAACAGGUGGAGAUUCCCCAUGAUGGGAAAUAGCUUUACCUGUUGGUUUUGACCUGCUGGUGAAAGACUCUGAACCUCUGACCAUUAAAACAAAAAACCAAAUAUUUAUAUACCGCUUUUCAACAAAAGUUUCCAAAGCGGUUUACAUAGAGAACUAAUAAACAAACAAAUAAAUAAAUAAGAGGGAUCCCCUGUCCCCCAAAGGGCUCACAAUCUAAAAAGAAACACAAGAUAGACACCAGCAACAGCCACUGGAGGGAUGCUGUGCUGGGGAUGGGUAGGGCCAGUUGCUCUCCCCCUGCUCAGUAAAGAGAAUCACCACUUUUAAAAGGUGCCUCUUUGCCCGUUUAGCUGGGGUAAAAGUGUGGCAAUCAUAUGAGUUUGAAAAAACCAUGGAGGUGGUCUUUCUUCUUAAAAAUGCUUUUUGCACCAAUAAUCUCUAGUCUCUGUGCCUAGUCUGGAGAAAGCGGAUGGUGAGACCAUUUCGCUCCCUCCUCAGUCUUAGCACCCGCAAGGGCCAGGCUGCAGAUCCAGAACAAACCAGCGAAAGGACGUCUUUCACGUGGUGCGGGAUUAACUCACAGAAUUGGCUGCUACAAACUACGUUGUUGGCAUCGGGGGGAGGCAGGGUUUGCAGAUGCAGCUUCCACCUAGCGCAGGGCUGCUCAACUCCGGCCACCCACCCCGCAGCUGGUUUUGGACUACAACUCCCAGCAUCCCCUGCCACAGCAGUCCAUAGGCAGGGAUUGUGGGAGGACCGAAGUUGAGCAGCCAUUGAUCGAGCAGAUGCGAUGUACAUUUGUGUGCCGAGACGAGGCAGUACAGCAGUUGAGCGGCUUUCUAGUCUUUCCGUUAACUCCUAGAACCAUCACCUUCAGUGUCAACGCAGCACAGCAGACGGGAAGCAAAGGGCUUUCAGCCCCGUGUACAGGACUGGGGAGCAGCGUUCCCUCUAAAAGAAAAUCCCAGAUGUUCGUGACUCCAGUUCCCAGCAUUCUCAGCCAAAGCCCACUGCAGCCAGGGAUCGUGGGAGUGCUAGUCAACAUCUGGGAUUCCCUCUUACAGGGAACACUAGUGGUGGGGACUUCUCCCCACUCAGGCAGUGAUGCUUCUUACAAGCCGACGGUGUGCCACAAUAAUACCCUUGUUGUAAAGCCUUGAUAAUUUCUCAUUGAGAAAUCCAGCAUCCAGAUGUUUUAUGCAAGGAUAGCCCUGCUGGAUCAGGCCCAAGGAUGCCCGUCCAGUCCAGCCUCCUGUUUCCCACAGUAGCCCGCCAGAUGCCUCUAGGAAGCCGACAAGCAGGAGACGAAAGCAUGCCCCCCUCUCCUGACGUUACUCCCCUGCAACUGGUGUUUGGAGGCAUCUUGCCUCGGAGGCUGGAGGUGUUUAUUUUGGAAAUGGAGAGGGUGGCACCCUUCGGAGAGCAGAUCUGGCUGUGUCUUGACGGCGUCUAGGAAAAUGUACACAUUACAAUCCAAAGGCCUCUUCAAGGAAAGCCAACUAAAAAGUAAUCUCACCGCGUGAGAUUUUGCAGUGUCUGCCAAAUCUAACGGCAUCUCCAGGAGGCUUUUCAGACAGCACUAAGAGUUCGGGAUAUAAUGGCUACUCCGAUGCAAAAAGAGGCUUUUUUAGCCCCGGACGUGAAUCAGGCUAUACAGAGGGGGAAACCCGAAUCGUGUGUGAAGUGCUCUCUGACGUAUCGCACGGACUCCGGGGCAAAUUGGGCCGAUACGUGAACGCACAGCCACCCUCCCCAAGUAAAGUCGUGGUAAAGUCGCCAUCCAAAAAAGCUCCAGGCUUGGAAAAGUUGGCUUAGGGUUCUUGAGCAUGUACCAAAAAGAAUAAACUAGUCCCAGAGGAACCCAGAUAACGCCACGCCAGCUCAUUAGCCAUAUCCUAUUGCAUGGCAUCAACAAAAAGGUUCCUCCUUUCUGCCUGUCAUAUAAUUCACGGCCACUAGAGGAGGAUGAAGAAUCACCCAAGCAAUCUUCUGAGACGAGCAGCGCAUCUGCAGAGAGGAAAGUCAGCCAAAGAGGGGGCCCGGUUUAUGUCACCGGGGCCAGAUUUGUAUGGCCUGCUGCUGCAUUGUGUGCGUUCGUUUUGGGAGGCUUUUAAUAAACACAGUUUAUUCAG